AAACUUUGUUUACAUUUAGAGAUUAUGCAGAUAAAGCGCCAAAUUUUGAACUUUACUUUGUCUUUGCAAGAAAGGACAGAAGAAUCAUACAGUUUUGCCUUCUGGUAGAUCAGAAUAAAUAAAAGAGAUUUUGUCAUUAUGUCUGAGGAAAGAAACAGAAAGAGAAGUUUAUCAUGCCAAGACGACAAAGAAACAAGAAAACGGAGAAGUAUAUGUGAAGAUAAUCAAGAGGAAAGAAUACCUGCAAUAACAGUGACUUCUCCAUCAUUUUUGGAAGAUGCACAUAGAAAUUCUAACAUUGCUACAACAGAUGAAUUAUUAGUAAAAGAAACAAUAGAAAAAAUAAAAAAUAUUGAAAUGCAUGAAAAUAAGAAUAAAAAAUUAUCGGACUGUGAUAAAUUCACUUUUAAAUCACCUGAAAAUGUUUCUAAAUCAUGUGAUAGUGUAAGAGCUAGUAUCUCCACAGAUGAUCCGCAAAAAAGUUUAGUUGAAAAUCCUGCAACCAAAUUUGUUUCAACAGAAGUCAACAGAAUUAAAGGACAUAAAACAAUGGCGUCUGUGAGUGACAGCGUGUUUUCUGAAGGAUCUGUACUGAGAAGUGUCAGCGAAUGUGAUAGAGACGAGUCUGAUGAGGAUCCACUAGAAGAAUAUGAAACACAGUAUUUUGGAUUUACUCCAAAAUCUUUCAUGAAUGGAGUGUAUAAUGCAUUGGCUGAGUACAUCAGAGAAAGUUUGGCUGCUCUAGCAGAAUAUAUAAAAUCACAGUAUCCUAAUGGAAUGACAUCUACUCAACUACAAGAAGGAGAAGAAAACAUGAUGAAAUACAUCUUAAGGAAAUUAAACAGAUCUUUUGAUAUUUUAGAGCAAUAUUUAAUGACAAAUGUUUUUAAAAUCCCUGACCAUGUUGUAUUACCAGAGGAUCAAGCCCAAGCAGGCAACCAGUAUACUGAAGCAGAUGAAGAACAGAUUGAUCUUGAAAUAAAACAACUUGAGGACAAAUUACUCACGAUAAGAUAUGCAAAUGGUAUACUUAGACAAGACCUGUCAGAGAUGGAUCAAGUACAGUCUAUCUUUGAUAAAUCAUUCAAACAACUAGAAACGAUAGAAGAUAUGACAAGCCAAUGUGGAAUUUCAGAUAUUAAAGAUGACACACUUAAAGCCAUUAGCCAAGUGAAGAAGAUGAUCAGUAUAGUACAGACUUUAGAACUAGCAAAGACAGAAACAUGAUGUCUCCAUGACAAUCAUUUCAAAACACAUUCUUCUUACUUUAUUUUCAUAUGUUUGCCAUAUUGAAAAUGUGCACAUAAUGUUCAAUGAAACUUUAAUGUUUGUGAAAAUAUAUUGGAGAGUUUUCACAAUGAUUAUUGA